AUGCAUUCAGUUUAAUAUUUACCUGGACAAGGAUAAUCCAUAAAACUUAACUUAUCCCAUAAUAUAAGUGAAAAUAAAAUGCUAGAAGUUCGUUUUGAAUUAAAUUCGACAAUAAGUCAAGUUAAAUAAUAAAUAGAAAAAAGAUACGGCACAUCGAGUUAAAUGAUGUAGUUAGUUUUAGAAGAUUCUUAAGGAAAUAAAAUUUCUUCAAUGAAUGAAGAUAAUUAAUAAUUAGGUUAUUAUAAUCCUUAGGAUAAUUAUACAAUACAUGUAAUUGAUUUAAAUCCUCAUUCAGUUCUAAAAGACAUCACUGAUGUAAACUAAGUAAAGAAAUAUUAAAUUUCAGAAGAAGAUUAUGAUAAAAUACCAGAUAAUUUUAGAAAAUUCAAAUAAAAAAUAGACUAAAAUAAUCCAAAUUAAAACAAUAAUAUAGUAUUUGUAGAAGAUAAUUAUUUAUAAGAUUUUGCUGAAAAAAUGCAUAAAAACGAUAGAUGUUAAAUUAUUAAUACUAAAAACAGAGGAACUAUAUAAUAUAUAGGAAAAAUACCCGAUCUUGGUUAAGGAUAUUAUAUUGGAAUUUAACUUGAUGAACCUAUAGGAAAAAAUAAUGGAUCUUAUAAUGGAGUUAAAUAUUUUAACUGUUAAAAUAAAUAUGGGUUAUUUAUAAGACCUGAUAAAAUUGAAACUGGAGAUUUUCCUGAAUUAGAUCUUGAUGAUUUAUACUCGGAUGAUGAAAUUUGA